AUGUCCGCAGCCUUCGACAUCGUCGCCGGCCCCACAUUCCGCCCUGGGAGGCGCGCCGAACUCGAGCGCGGGCGCCCCUACGUCUUUGAGCCGCUCGUUGGACCCCCCACCUCCCCAAACCUCACCCUCCUCACGCUCCGUGGACAGGGGCGGAGCUACGACGUCUAUCACGCUCUCCUGGGCGACAAGCCAGUGGUCGCCAAGAUCUGCGACCCCUGGCUCGCCGCAGGCGAGCACCAGCUGAACGAUGACGACGUCCCGGACCGUCGUGGGGCAAUGGAGCGCGAAGCCCGCCUCUACACCGAGCUCGAGGGGCUGCAGGGAACCGUGGUGCCACGUUUCUACGGGCUGUGGCGGGGAACGUGCCCAUCCAAGUCGGAUUACCGGCCUGACUACGAGUUGCUUGUCUUGGCUGUGGAGGACGUCGGGGAAAGCCUGCAGGCCAAGGUGCGCGACUGGGCGCAGGCCAAGGACUACACAGAAGCGAUCCGUUCUGCCUACGACCAGCUGCACGAUGCUGGCGUUGUUCACAACGACGUCAACCUCUGCAAUAUUAUGGUUUCGGGGCCGCGCCUUUCGCUCGUCGACUUUGAGGGCGCGUUAAGGAAGGGCGACGCCGAGUUCGACACGGCCCUCACGAGCGAGCUGGCCAAGCUGGCUGAGGUUACGGCCUAA